UGUACAAAGUAAAUAAUUAAAAACAAAAUAGAAAUGUGAAAACGACAGCAAAAAAUAUUGAAAGCUGACAAUACGGAAAAUACUCGUAUUUUGUAUGUGCUAAACGGGCGCGGCAGCGAAGAAGCAGCAUUUACGCAGCGCGAUUGCGAUUUGUUAGAGAAUAUGUGGAGCGCUUGCAUAUACCAACGAACUGGAGCGCGUUAAGUGGAUUUGAAUAGCGCUGCUAAUAAGACAUAAAAACUAAUUAAGGACAACAGCUCUGCAACGCACACUUGCCCACUAAGUUAGCGCAGAAAGAAGCGUAUCUGAAGAACGGUCACUACGUGCACAGCCAAUUUUUGCACAGCCUCGGUUCCUUAAUUUUAGAUUACAAAUAUUUUUAAAUGAAAUUUUCAAACUUCGAAGUAACGAGGGAUUUUAAAACACUUUAUGUUGCCAAUGUCGAAUAACGACAUAAAUAACGCCAGUAACGGCCGAAACAGUGCCAAUUCAACGUCAAUUAGUCAUAAAAAGGAUAUUAAAGCCACAAAGCCACCAUUGCCAGAAAAGCCAGCAGCGUCAUUGAUUGCUUCAAAAUGCAACAACAACGAUAGUAGGAAUAAGAUCAUAUCAGCACACCGGCGUGAUAACUCCAAUAGUAGUGUGAAACCUCACCCGGAUAAAGGUGAAAAUCGAAGCACACAAUACAUAAAAACACAGACUUACUUUAAGCAAAUACGUGAAGGUGCGUCAGCUGAACAGUGUCGGCCAGAUGAUGUAGAGCUGCAUACUGUGGUGUACAGCGAUGGCCACUUAACAUCGGGCACGCUUGAAGCACUUAUUGAACACAUGGUGCCUACGAGUGAAUACUAUCCUGAACGUACAUAUAUAUUUUCCUUUUUAUUAAGUGCAAGAUUAUUUAUACGACCACAUGAAUUACUCUCUCGAAUAUCACAAACUUGGGAUCAGCAGCAACAGAAAAUCAGCAAUGAUGUAGUGGAUGAAGCAAACUUUAGUCAUUUGAUGAUGGCUGCAUCGGUCUCACCGCUAAUGCAGCGUAAAGCAUCGGUGAAUGAAGUAAUUGCAGCUACGACUAUAACUGAGGCAGCUCAAAAAGCCCAACGUACCGGUACACAAAAAUCUGCUCAACAUUGCAUACGAUUAUUAUCCGAAUGGAUUGAAACGUUUCCAUAUGAUUUUCGGGAUGAGCGACUUAUGCAGCAAGUGCGCAUACUAGCACGCAAAUGUGUUUACAUAGAUAAUGCGUUGGGUAAACAAGUCUCGCGUAUUCUGCAGUUGCUAGUUCAACGUUUAACAGCCUUGGAGAAGUAUGAAGAAUUCCUACAGUCGCUGGUUGCUACCGAUCUCAAUGCUAGUCAACAUUAUAGCACAUCAGCAGCGGCCGCUUAUGCAGCAACUAAUGCCACAAAUAAUUCAUUGGGAAAGAGCACUGCUGCAGGAGCAAAUAACGCUGAUAAUCAUAAAACGAUGCAGCCGUCAAUGAGUGUAGCAACAAAUUCGAAUACUGCAAUUCCAAUUGAUGGUCAAACUCACGAAGUAUAUGGUCUCAUGGAUCUAUGUCCCAGUUGUGCGCAACUGGCACAUCAGUUGACUGCAAUUGAAUUGGAGCGACUUUCGCAUAUUGGUCCUGAGGAAUUUGUACAGGCUUUUGCAAAGGAAUAUCAACACACAAUUGAAAACAAACCAGGCGCAGGCUCGAAUGCCAUGAGCACUUCCUUAAACGAUAUGAAAAAAACAAGAAAUCUCGAAUCAUAUGUGGAGUGGUUUAACCGCUUAAGUUACCUUACAGCAUCGGAAAUAGUCAAGUAUCCGAAAAAGAAGCAACGUGUACGGGUUAUCGAAUACUGGAUCGAAACUGCGCGCGAAUGUUUCAACAUUGGAAAUUUUAAUAGUUUGAUGGCGAUAAUAGCUGGUCUAAAUUUAGCGCCAAUAUCAAGACUUAAGAAGACGUGGUCGAAAGUGCAAUCAGCGAAAUUCUCCGUGUUGGAACAUCAAAUGGAUCCUACAUCGAAUUUUAAUAGCUAUCGUUCAACACUGAAGGCAGCCAUGUGGCGUUCGGAAGGCGCCACUGAAGAACGCGAGCGCAUAAUCAUUCCGUUUUUUAGUUUAUUUGUUAAGGAUUUAUACUUCUUAAAUGAAGGAUGCUCCAAUAGAUUGCCAAAUAAUCAUAUCAAUUUUGAAAAAUGCUCACAACUUGCGAAACAAGUAAUGGAAUUCAAUGAAUGGAAGAAAGUCAACUGUCCUUUUGAAAAGCUACCGAAUGUCAUAACAUUUCUGCAGACUAGUCCCGUGCUUAACGAGAAUACACUAUCAAUAGCAUCGUUCGAAUGUGAGCCACCUGAAAACACAGAGGAGAAAGGACGCUAUAAAACUGUGAAGGCCGAAACGAAGCAACAAUUGCUGCAGCAAUUGCAGGAACAGCAACAGCUAUAAAAACUACACUUUAGAUUUAAAAAUUUUUUUCUUGAAGAAAAAAACUUGCCAUUUUUUUUUUUUAUAACUUUAUAUAUAUUUUUAAGCAUUUAUUCAAUGAUUUUAAAGCGAAUAUUUUGUUUUAGCUUAUAAGAAAUUUUAUAAAUGGCUUUUAAAGCCAUAACAGUUCAAUUGGAUCAGAAAAAGAAAUGUUCAUAAAAAUAGUGGCUCCUUGGCGGAGCUUCAGUUAUCGUUGCCAGUAAUUGUACUUAAUGCAUUUAGUAAUAACUUAUUUUAAGCAACUUAUGUAAUCUCAUUAUUAACAGUAAUUUCAUUUAAUGUUAGCACUAAUCUAAGUUGGCUUCUUUAUAAUUUUAUUACGAAUAUUGCGAAUAAUGAACUCGUUUUCAUUUAAAACUUUUAUUUUUUAUUUUUAUACUCAAAACUUAUUUUUGUAUAUUUAUUAAUUGUAAUGUAUGUGUGUGCGUUUUAACAUAAGUUGACAGUAUUUAAAUUGAUAUUUAUACGUUAGAUAAAUUAAAUCUUAUAUACAAAACCUUAUAAUUAGCAUCUAACAUACUUUAAGCAACAACCAGAACAACAACAAAUAUUAACAAACACAAAUUUCUUGUGGUAGCUAUAAUGAUGCUUUU